AAUUUGACAUAAAUCUAUUUAUGACAUUUUCACGAUGUGCAAGAAAGACAAUGUUUUAAAAUCGGUGGGAACCACCUAUUGUUUUUAACAGUCAACGUUCUUUUACAGUUUAAUAAUCCGUAACAUAUUCAUUUCUCAAUGAUAUGGAUGAAUGAUAAAUUGUGAUUUAAUUAAUAGGAACACUCCAAGACAAAAUGGAACUAAUGCAACAGUCAUGGGAACAUGAAACACUAUCAACAACAAUCGAAGACCUUCCCGAUGAAGUUUUGGAGUUUAUUUUGAGCUUUCUACCUCCGUAUAAAGACCUGCAAAAUUGUAUGACCGUCUGCAAGAGAUGGUGUGGUUGUGCUCAAAAUGUAUUGCGUAAGACAUCCAUAAAGCUAAUCAAAGCUGUUGCUGAGUUUAAUAUAUUGUGGAAAAAUGUCACCUGUACUGAUAUUGGGCCCACCAUAACAAAAAGAUUUUCUCAUUCAGCUUGUAUUCUGAAGAAUAAUAUGUACGUAUUUGGUGGAUGUACCACAAAUUCCACUUCAUUUAAUGAUCUCUGGAUGUUUGACUUAUCUAAAAGAAGUUGGAUAAGACCUUUAGCAACUGGGACUUAUCCUGUGCCCAAGGCAUACACAUCAAUGGUCCAUUAUCAAGAUUGUCUUAUUGUUUUUGGAGGAUGGACAUAUCCCUCUCUCUCGCAAUACUAUCAAAAUAUCACUAUGUUCAAUGAUAUUCAUUUAUAUUGUGUGACUACAAAUAAAUGGAUUUUGAUAACUGCCACAAACCCACCACCCCCCAUGGCAGGCCACUCAGCUUGUAUCAGGGGAGAUGAGAUGAUUGUAUUUGGAGGGUUAGUCAUGUCUGCAGCCCAAAAUUACCAAAUGCAAUGUUCAAAUGAUGUCUGGGUACUUGAUAUAACCACAUUCAAUUGGAGGAAGCAACAAACAACCAAGCCACGACCCUCUCCACGCUAUGCUCAAUCACUAAUUACUCUGGAUUCUGAAAGACUGAUGCUUCUAGGUGGAAUACAAACAUUGCACAACCGUUUCGUUUAUAGUGAUUGUUGGAUCUUGACCAUGCAAGGUCCUACAUGGACAUGGAAAGAAAUUGCAGUUAAAAAUAAAGAGUGGGCAUCUGCUAAUAUAUGGUGCAACCCUGCAUGUAGAGUUGGAGACAUGGUUGUAAGCCUCAGUAGGAGUAGACAUGGUUGGAAUGGGGCAAAACCAUUGGUUACUUCUGCUGUAAGACUGUCUGCUUUAAAUAGGCCAGAAAAUGCACCAGUUUCUGUUCGAAUCGAGCAAAGUCUGCAAAGACCUUUAGACCGGGAUCAAAAUAUAAAUGGAAGACGAGGAGUACUGCCUAGACAACCUGUAUCUAGACAAGCUUCUGCCAACGUUAGUAAUGAGCCUAUGGCAGGUCCUAGUAAUGAACAAGAAAAGGAAAAAGUCAUUGCAAACAAUGUUACUAGUCAAGAAAUAAAUUAUGCUGCUGGACCUAGUUCCGAUUUGAAGCUUAACAAUAAUGUUAUUGAUUUAAAUAAAAAGGAAGCAAUGAGAAAGAAUAAAACUAAGAAUAAAGGACUGAAAAUAGUCAGACAACUACAAGAAGCUAACAAAUACAGAAUGGCAGCAUUUGCUUGUGAUACAUCAAAUAAUACACCACAUGAAAAUGAUCUGAUAAAUCAAAGACAAAUAGCACAUUUAGAAAACCGAUUAGAACCCUAUCCACCGGCUGCAGAAAGGCCGGAUGUUAUGUAUAGACAGCCACCAAUAAAACGAAACACACUGACAAUGCAUGUACUUGAUAUAUCUACAGUUCUUAAUGGCAACUGUAUGAAUUACGUCUCUUGGUUAUGUCCCCGAUUGGGAGAUAUGAAUGGUGCUCCUGAAGAAUUAGUCAUGUAUUCUUUAGUUAAAGGUAAUGGUGAACUCAUUAUGUUUGGGGGAGUGCAUAAUGAAAUUAGAGUGGCCAGAUUUGCCGACAACGCACAAAAUAUGUAUUCAAAUUGUCUACAUUUCAUCACAGCACCCAGAGACAUUAUUUAAUUUUGUUGACAGUUUAAGCAUUUCUUCAUUUUUUGCAUAUAAAUGUACAGUUUUGAUUUAUGGUACACAUGUUUUUAUUCAUGUUUGUAUGUAAAUUUCUUUAUUAAUUGCUCAAAUCAAUGUUAUUUUAUGUUAAAGAUACAGGUAAUCAGUUGAUUAAUUUCAUGUUUAUAUAACUUGAAGAUACAUGGUACAAGGAUUUAUAAAUAGCCAAAAAAGGUCAGUCUUUUCUUUAAUUUCAUACUUACAUAGAUAUUUUUCAUUACAGUUUAAUUUAGUUGUAAAAAUAAUUAUCCCAUAUCUAAGUAUUCAUUGGCAUAUUUAAUUCAGUAUAGAAUCGGCUGGGUUAUAAAUAAGCCUGCAUUUAUUAAAAAGAAUUUGAAUGAUACAAUGGUGCUUUUACAUACAAUACAGCUAACAUUCAUUAUUUGCAGCAUAUAAACGUAAAAAUAUUUUAAUUUAACAAGUCUUAAAUAUGUACAAUUUCGCUUCUUGGCAAUUUAUCAAUCUGAUUAUAGCAUGUUUGAGCCCUUUUAAUAGUUACAGUUAUAAUGGGAAAAAAACAAAAACCAAUUGUACUGAAAACAAAAUGAGAAAAGUGUUUAUAUGGAUGUUGAAAUACAAAAAUUAAUUAUGAUUAUGGACUGAUUGAAUAUUGCUAUUAGAAAUGUUAAAUUUUUCAUCUAACAUUGUGACUUGUAAAAAUAGG